UUUGUCCUGCGGCCACCUCUGCUUCUGGAGCUCGGCAUGGCUGGCUGGACGGCGGCUCUGGUUCUGCUGCAGCUCGUCGGGCCUCUGUGGGCUCAGAGCGAAGACCCGGCUGCCCCCAUCAGGCCUCAGGACUGCAGCCUGGACUGCAUCCGACAGGGAGGCCCUGAGUGUGAAUACUGCAGAAUAACCAGAAGUGACGUGAGGGCAGCUCUGGGGUUUAAUACCCCCCAAGCGUUUGGAAGUUGUAUUCCGUGGCCUUGUUUCGAGCUCCUCGGUCAAACCGACCCUAAAAUCUGUCAGCACUACGUCCAGGCUCCAAAUGAGGUGAAGGUGGAGUUUUUACAGGAACCGAACCCCGAGUCUGACACCGUGGUCGUCUCCUGGAAGCCCAGCUACUACGGAAUUGCCUUCCUGCGAGGCUUUCAGGUGUCGCUGCAGGUUCUGGGCGGGUCCAGCGUCGCCUGCCAGCUCUUCCUCUUCCACCGUAAUGUCUCCUUACCGGCCUCUCAGGCUCAGAAGGUGUACAAGUCGGACCCUUUCCCGGGCCUUCCCCUUGGAACCCAGUACGCUGUUACCGUCAUGGCUCUGCCGGUGCCUGAGGAGUGGGAGAAGUUCUACCACAGCGAGAUCUUCUCCACCCGAUCCUGUGCAGAGAAGAAUGGACUGGAGCAGUGCAAAACGGACUGGUACCCCAAACACAUCGAGGUCCAACAGGAAGGAACCGCCGUCACCGUGACCUUUAACCUGGCUCCUCCUAAUCUGGGCAUCAGGAGCUACUUCUCACUGUGUUACGCAAACGGCGAAAAGAAAUAUAUAGACAUUACACCUAAUUCCACCAAAAACAAAACUCACCACAGCUACCAUCUGGACGACCUGCAGGAAGGAACCAAUUACACCUGCGAGAUUGCAGCCAAUGAAGUGGACGCUGUGAGAAAAACGUUCAGUGUUCAGGUGUUACGCAUCCAUAAAGACGGCGACUCUCCAAUCCCUAACGCUCCGUCGCUGGCUGUGGUUCUUCCAUUGUGUCUGGCUAUUGUAGCCAUACUGGGAAUCCUGCUCGCUGUUUUCACCAGGAGGAGGUCAAAUCUACGCAUGAAGAAGUUCGACAUUAAACCAGAUAUUAUCAAGCAGUACAAAGACAGCAGGACUCAGGAGGAAAUGGUAUCGCUGCCCAAAAACAGGCCGAAACCUCCUAGUCUUCUGAUCUGCUACAGCAGCCACGACGGUCCUGCUCAUGUCAAAGCCGUCAUGAAGCUGGGAGCCUUCAUCCAGCAGCACAUGGCUACUCAGGUGUGUCUGGACCUGUGGGACUCUCUGAGCGUGGCUGAAGAGGGCAGCAUGGUCUGGUACUGCCGGCACAUCCGGGAAUGCGACUUCGUCUUGGUGAUCUGUUCUCGAGGUUUGAACCAAAGUCCUCCGCAGCCAGAGGGGGACAGCGAGGAUGAGGAGGUGGAAGGACAGCUGGACUUCGGGUGUAGCUCUGAUGUUGCCGUCAAACUCAUCGGAGAGGAAGUGGGUCGAGCCAAAGCCAGAGGUCAGGAUCUGUCCAAAUACAUGGCGGCUGUUUUCAAGUACUCUGAGGAGACGGACAUCCCCACCGAGCUGAGGCUGGUGUCGCACUAUAAGCUAACAAACGACUUAGCGCUGCUCUUCUCCCACCUCCAUGGAGUUGCUCUGCACCGGCCGGGAGGCUACCUGAAGAUAAACCACAUCUCAGAGGAAAGCUAUGCUAACGUGCCGGCCGGAGCUGCUCUACAGUGGGCCGUCUAUGAGGCUGGGAUGGAAAUGAGGGAAAAACAGCUCAUCUCUGUGGAGGAGGGAACCCUGAUGUAAAGGUCCAAUAUUGUACCUCCUAUGUCACAAAUUAAUGAAAGCCUUACGUGUUUCCAGAACGCGUCUUUCAUUUUUCAGCUUACAAUGCUUCAAAAGGUGGUUCAUUUAACCCUGAAUAUGUAACUCCUGCUUUUAGCCGUAUUGUAAAAAGCUCUGUUUCAGCCUCUGUAGCUUUACAUACAGCUGAGCUACUGCUAGCCCCGCCUCCUUCAGGAAGAAGACUCUCUUUGUUCAGUUCCUGACAGAGCGGAGUAGCGUGGGCAGCUUUUUUAGAUUGAAACAUUGCAAAAUUCUCAGUAUAUUCAUUUCUUUAAGUUUGAUGAGUUUGCCAUGAAGGUUUUAAAAUCUGUGUUUUAGCUGCUAACUAUUUCAUACUCGUUCCGUUUUCUGACAAUAGACAGGAGAAUAUGUAAACGAGAACAGCUUUACUGGGAGCACAGGGAGCAGGAGAGAAGAAUGAAAGCAGGAGAGUUUAGGUUACACAAAAGGCAAUAUGAAAAUACUCACCUAGUCCUUCUUUACUGGUUUCAAGUCGAUUUUACAGUUUCCACCAUCUCUAAUAGGUACUCAUUAUUACAGUUUCCACAUAAUUCUGACAGUGGGCCGCCACCAAAUCUAAUGGUAACGUUAGCCGCAUUAGCCACACAACAUGCAUUAAGGAUUUUCUUGUUGUUGUGGGGACAUUAGCAUCAAAUAUCAAAGGAAUCUAUUGAGUGUUUAAUCCCUUGGAUGCUGGACCACAUGAAAACUCUCCCGUUCACUCUUGUGGUAAAUUUCUCUCGUGGCUCAGACAUUUUAGCUGUUAGCUGAAGCAACUCUAGAACGUAAAUAAACCUGGUGGACUCUGAGGAAGCUGCUCUUCAUCAGCGUUUUUACCUGGAAACAGUGAGGGGGCGGAGUUACACAAACAUUUAGCUUGAUGACUAUUAGUUCCUCAGUAUCCGUAUAGAAACUAUACAGUAUUCCUAUUUUUCACAGCUUUUAUUUUAUACCGUCUCAUAUAAAACACAAUAAAAAACAGAUUUACGCCUUAUAGGACCUUUAAUGGUAGUUCUGAGCUCCGUAUAGAAGAAAGGUUGGUCUGCAGAUGGGUGGAAAUCGAGUGAAAUUGUGAAUUCACAAGUGAAAGUUGAGCAGAACAUCACCAGGCCCUGGUGAUGUUCCCCGAAGCAGCCAACCAACUAAACCACCGACGCCUCAAUACUGUUGCAGUGGCUGCAACUGUGCACUAUGACCUUUGAAGUGUGUGAUGUUUUCGUCCAGUAAUAUGUUAAAUAAAACAAAAUGUUUCCUAUUCAUUUUCUUCCAAUGUGUAAGAAGCUUUUUAUGUAAUUUGUUAAAUAUGCACUGUACAGAAAUAAACUAUUAAUCCUAUUAAUGAGCUAGCACAGUUACUCAGUGAGAAUACUUAUACUGAAGUACAUAUUAAAUAUUGUAUACAUGCAUGUUUACAGCUGUGAUUUAUUUAUUUAUGUGCAUACUUCAUAUACGUAAGAAUGGAUUAACAGGUCCUAUCAUUUUUAACUUCAUGCCAAUGUGAGGUUAAACAUAUGCUGCCUUGUAUUUUACACUAUGUUUGUAUCUUUGUGCAUCGAAUAAAGCAAAUAUAUUGAUAUACAA